AUGCUAUCCUCUAUUAUAUUUCGGGGACGUAGUGCCCUCAUUGGCACUUCUAGGGGCUCAUACCCUUUCAUGCACUCAGUGAACCCUCACCUGCAUCCUCACCUGUACCACGGCUGCUAUGGGGACAUCAUGACCAUGACAACCUCUGGAGUUGCCUGUGAUAUAAACAGUUUGAUUAAUUGUAGUCGAGGCGGUAGUGAGCUAAAGGCAUAUUAAAAAUCACUAACUCCUCAUCUGAUCAAAGAAGUGGGUCAGAGGCAUUGCAUGGACCCUGCUAUCAUUGCGGCCAUCAUCUCCAGGGAAAGCCAUGGUGGAGGUGGCCUGCAAGACGGCUGGGACCACAGGGGACUUAAAUUUGGCUUGAUGCAGCUUGAUAAACAAAUGUAUCACCCUGUUGGGACCUGGGACAGCAAAGAACACCUUUUGCAGGGUGUUGGGAUUCUAACAGACAGAGUUAAGGUCAUCCAGAAAACAUUCCCCACGUGGAGUAUGGCUCAACACCUCAAAGGUGGUCUCUCAGCCUUUAAGUCAGGAGUUGAAGCCAUUGUCACUCCAGUGGACAUAGACAAUAACUACGUCAAUGAUAUUCUUGCCCGAGCUAGAUUCUAUAAAAGACAUGGCUUCUAG